UAGAAAGAGCAUGAUGGGCUGUUAUUACACAACAUAGCAGUAUUACAGUUGGUUUAUCUUGACCGUGCCCUUCAGUGAUUGUGCCCUUGAUUAUGCGCAGAAGCGGUCAGUAGUCUAGGUCUGUAUGGAGAUGGAGCGUGCACACUACAGUUCCCGACAUCCCAUCUCGGCAAUCGCUGUUCUCCUCGCAUGUUUACGCAUGAGGCGCUUCUGCAGUGAGCUACUGGAUAUUGAUGUGCUUUAAUGUGUCCCCACUCCUCUCCUCUUACCUCUCCUCCUUCUCCGCUCUAUCCAUAGAGACUCAGCGCGCUCAGUUGCACUUGGCGUUCCAGCGGUAGAAACAGCAGCGUGAUCGUCUCAAUGCAGGGGCAGCAAGAGCACCCCGAUGGCCACCAGCACAAGAGACUGCGCUAAGCAGACGACCAGCGCGCGCGUCCAUCUGUGCUUCUCAACCCCGAACCUCCUCUAGCGAAGAGAGAGGUGCCCAAAUCCGUUUUAGGAUAUCGCUUUUUUUUGUCCCUUUUUUUGUCCAUUCGAUGAAGAAGAACUGAUGACGAUGUAUCGGCGAUGGUGGAUUUCCCUUUUGUGCGUCUAUGGACUGAUGUGCCUCGUUCAUUCCAGCAAUCAUAUACCUCGAAAUGGAGACGCCUUGUCGCAGGCGAAGGCUGUUCGUGAUGCGAGCAGGUUCGCCUGGAAGGAGGACACGGUCCCUCGCCGUCUGCUCUACAGCAUGCACAACCACAGUCAAAUCACCCACGAUGUCAUCAGCACCAGGACUAGAGCCAGUUCCAGCCCCACACAGGGGAACCACGUGGCCCAAGCCAGCUUCCAGGUGGAUGCGUUUGGUGAGCAGUUCAUCUUGGAUGUUGAACUGAACCAUGAUCUUCUGUCUUCAAAGUACAUGGAGAGGCAUAUUUCAGAAAAUGGGAAGGCUGUCAUCUUCAAAGGAGGAGAACAUUGUUAUUACCAGGGGGUAGUGCGGGACAUCCCUGAAUCCUUCGUGGCCCUCUCCACCUGCCACGGCCUGCAUGGGAUGUUCUUUGAUGGGAAUCACACCUACAUGAUCGAGCCUGGAGGAAAGGACCACAUCAGCGGUGAUGUCCAGAUCCACAUGAUCUAUAAAUCAGCAGGACAAGAGGCAGCAGCUUACUUCCUUCCUAUUGUUGACCUCCCAGAGCCUCCUUUCCCCAGCCCUCCAUUUCCUGGGUCAAAGGUCAUCCACAGGAGGAAGAAGAGACAGGCCCCGCGGGUUGGGGGCAGUGUGGCCGAGGAGACCAAGUACAUCGAGCUGAUGGUGAUCAACGACCAUCUGAUGUAUAAAAAGCAUCGUCUCUCUGUUGGUCAGACGAAUAACUACGCUAAGUCUGUGAUCAAUAUGGCUGAUAUGAUCUUCAAGGAGCAGCUCAACACCCGCAUCGUGCUGGUUGCCAUGGAGACGUGGGCGGCUGACAACCGGUUCAACAUUGACGACGACCCCAUGGUGACCUUGAGGGAGUUCAUGAAGUACAGACGAGACUUCAUCAAGGAGAAGUGUGACUCUGUGCAUCUUUUCUCAGGGAACCGGUUCCAUAGCAGCUGGGGAGGAGCCUCCUAUAUGGGAGGAGUCUGUUCUCUAACUAAAGGAGGAGGAGUCAAUGAGUAUGGCAAGACAGAUGAGAUGGCCAUAACCCUGGCCCAGUCUCUGGGACAAAACAUUGGCAUCUUUUCUGACAAGAAGAGGAUCCUCAACGGCGAGUGCAAGUGUGAUGACCGUUGGUCUGGCUGCAUCAUGGAUGAUGUUGGCUUCUACCUGCCCAAGAGGUUCUCCAACUGCAAUGUGGAGGAGUACCACACCUUCCUCAACACUGGUGGUGGAGCCUGUCUCUUCAACAAACCCAUAAAGCUGGUUGACCCUCCAGAGUGUGGGAAUGGUUUGGUGGAGUCAGGGGAGGAGUGUGACUGUGGUAGCCCAGCGGAGUGCGAGAGGGAGGGAGAGAAGUGCUGUCAGAAGUGUACACUCACACAAGGCUCAAAGUGUAGCGACGGACUCUGCUGUAACAACUGUCAGAUGGAGUUUAUGGGCGUGGUGUGUAGGGAGGCAGUGAAUGACUGUGAUAUUCCAGAGAACUGCACUGGUAACUCCAGCCAGUGUCCCCCGAACGUGCACAAGAUGGACGGCUACUCAUGUGAAAAGGAACAGGGUCGUUGCUUCAACGGGAGGUGCAAGACCAAAGACAGACAGUGCAAGUACCUGUGGGGAGAGAAGGCGACCGCUGCUGACAAGUUCUGUUAUGAGAAGUUGAAUAUCGAGGGGACAGAGAAGGGGAACUGUGGGAAGGACAAAGACACAUGGGUCCAAUGCAACAAGCAAGACGUGCAUUGUGGGUACCUGCUAUGUUCCAACAUAUCGCCGGCGCCCCGACUAGGAGAGUUGCAGGGGGGACUGACGUCCUUCUCUGUUGCACAGCACAGUGCCUCGCUGGACUGCAGUGGGGGUCAUGUGAUGAUAGACGGGGACAGUGACCUGGGCUAUGUGGAGGAUGGGACAGCCUGUGGGACAGAGAGGGUCUGCUUCAACCACAAGUGUCUGCCCCUUCAGGAGUUCAACUUCAGCACCUGCCCUGGAACCACCGAGAAGACCAUCUGUUCUGGACACGGGAUUUGUAGUAACGAGCUGAAGUGUGUGUGUCACUUGGGUUGGACUGGAGACGAUUGUAACUCCACGUCUCCUCUCAGCUACCUGGUGGUUGGACCCACCGCCUCUGUAUCAGGUAUCACCAGUACUAACAUCAUCAUCGGGGCCAUCGCUGGCUCCAUUCUGUUCCUGGCUCUCAUCCUGGCCAUCACCGCCUGGGGAUACAAGAGCUACAGACAGCGGUGCUACGUUGAGUCAGAGGUUCACAGAAGAUUCUGCAGGCAAAUGCCUCCGGGUGACUAUGUGAAGAAACCCGGGGAUGCAGACUCGUUCUACAGUGACCUGGCCCCUGGGGUCAGCACCAACUCAGGCUGUAGCUCCAAGAAGAGGUCUGGCUGUCUGUCUAACCUGCAGAUAUACACGCUCUCUUUCCCCCCCUCCAUCGCCUCCAUCUCACAAAACAUCUCUCUGUUUGCAUUCAGGUCUAACGGUCUGUCCCACUCGUGGAGCGAGCGAAUCCCUGACGCCAAACACAUCUCUGACAUUUGUGAGAACGGACGACCCAGGAGCAACUCAUGGCAAGGAAAUCUGAGUGGAAAUCGCAAGAAGUCGAAAGGGAAGAAGUUCCGUCCUCGCUCCAACUCUACAGAGACGCUCUCCCCGGCGAAGUCGCCCACCUCCUCCACGGGGUCCAUUGCAUCCAGUCGGAGGUACCCUUACCCCAUGCCCCCACUCCCCGACGACCAGAAGAAGGCCAACAGGCAGAGUGCCAGGCUGUGGGAGACUUCAAUAUAACACUCCUGUUAUCUACUCUGCAAAACUACUUAAGAACUACAUUUUCGUCCACUUUUCUAUGAAUUAAAAAAUACAAAGCAAAACAAAAUUGAAACAAAAUGACGAAAAAAGUGAGCAACUGGUGUGAGCGGAAAAGAAAAGCAGAGGAAGAUGAAGAGGAGGAAGGUGUGAGAGUGUGUGAGAAUGUGUGAGAGUGUGUGCGAGGUCCGUCAGACCUGACCUGCUCAGUAGGGGACGCUACAGGGGCCAUCUGUCAUUCCUACACUGACAAGCCAAGACAGAACGAGGCAAGACAAGAUCCCUUUCAGAUUAGUUGGAGAUCCACCAGAGAUCAGCCCUUCACUCAUUCGUGAGGAAAAAGCAAAGCUGUUGUGAUGGUAACAGUGCAGACAGAGAGGAGAGGCCUUGUUGUGGAUGUCUCCCCCACUCCCAACACCCCAACAUCCCCCAGCUUCCACCACACUCUUCUAGCUCCUCCCUCAAACUGUCCCACCUUACCUUACUCACCUCUCCCCCCAACCCCCCUCUAGCCCUGCCCCUAUGUAAACUCUCUCCUCUGAUUGGUGCUCCUCUCUGUUGAGGGGCGCGGACAGCUAUCAUAUCGGCAGAUUUCUCUACCAUUUUGAAGCACGCUGUUUAAUUACUGUAGAAAACUCCAACCCUGUAUGCAUGAGAACCCCCUGUUAAUCAACUCUUCCUAGUGUCACAAAGAAGAAGAAGUCUGGGACGGACAGCAUGCGGGGGAUGGUGAUGUCAUACGUACUGUAGGCCUUUAAGCUUUCUUUACAUUAUAGGCUUCUUCUAUCUCUGUGAUCAGCGACUCAUUAUGAACUGUAUAACACAUUAUACUAGCCAACUGCCCCUGACAUGGACCCUAGACCCUAGACCUUAGACACUCCCUGUUCUCUUUCUUUCGCCGUGUCAGGUUUUCCUGAAGGAUUUGGUUAUCAUUGUAAAUAUGUACAGCUUAAAGGCAGAGUAAUGUGUGCUUUUCUUUUUUACUUACUGGGAGGCGAAUGAUGAAGGGAUGCUCCCCCUAUCCUCCUCCUGCUGUGGUUUGUGUUGUAGACAGACAGGGUCUCCGUAGGUCUUUGUAGAGACCCCGUACUUGUUUUUUCUGUCUGUUUCUCUCUUUUCAUUUCUGGCUGAACUCUCUCUUCUCUCCCGUGUGUCUGUGUGAACACUCCAGCUUUCUUUUUCUUCCACAGCAGAAUGUACAAACAGUGUUCUAUAUUUCCUCUUUGUGUCAUCCCUUUCUCUGAGUAAUGCACUCAGUCACAGCCCGUCAUAAUUAAGACAGUAAACUUAAGAAUGUCAUUGAUUUAUAACAUUAACUGAGCAUUUUAUCCAUUUGGAUAUUGAUAAUGAUGAAUAUGAUUUGAACUAAGAUAGUCCCAUGAGCCCUUCCUCGCUACAGAGGGGAGAGAACAAGUGUUCUUUUGUAGUUUUAGAUGUGGUAUACAUGUUCAUUUGGUAAUGGUGGUUUAGAGAAGUUGGAGAAAUGUCCUGUGACUAUAAUCAUUCCACACUACGGUCUGUGUGUACAGCAGGGACAGACUGGCCAUCUGGCAUUUUGGGCAAAUGCAAGAUGGCCUGGUCCAUUUUUUACACAGUGGGUCUUACUUGUUUUUUGGGGGGGCAAAAUGAUAAUUAUCUUGCUAAUAAUGGGGGCCUCGAGGAAAGAAAUGGGCCGUUGUGUUUAAAAUGCCAGAGCCGAUUUCUGGUCCCAGUCCGCCCCUGGUGUACAGUGUGAGACCAGACAUAACAGAUAGAUACAACUGGAACCGACAACGCCACUGAGAUCCAACUGGACGAUGUGGGAAUAACAAUGUGGAAACUGAACAUUGUGUCAGAUGAAUUUGGAAUUUGUUUGGAUAAAAUGAUUAAAAUGUGCAUUUUUGCUUUUG